CCAGCCCGGGCCCCCCCCCGGCCCAGCGGCAGCGAUGCAGGCGAGGCCCGGCCCCCCACACCAGCCAGCCCCCGUGCCCGUGCCCACAGCCACGAGGAUGCCAGCCGCCCUGCUGCAGCCCCCACCCGGCUCUUCAGUGACCCACUGGCAUUGCUGGGGCUGCCAGCUGAGGAGCCCGAGCCUGCCUUCCCACCAGUUCCUGAGCCCCGAUGGUUUGCCCACUAUGAUGUACAGAGCCUGCUCUUUGAUUGGUCUCCAAGGCCACGGGGAGCUGGGGGUUACUCAGAGGUCAACUCUGGAACCCCAUCAUCAGCUGAGGACCAGCCAGACAGCUCAGACCUGCUGCUUGGGGCACCUGGCUUUGUGAGUGAGCUUGGGGGUGAGGGUGAGCUAGGCCUGGGUGGACCAGUGUCCCCACCAGUGCCCCCUGCGCUGCCCAAUGCGGCUGUGUCUGUCCUGGAGGAGCCACAGAACCGCACAGCCUAUAGCCUGGAGCAUGCAGACCUGGGUGCUGGCUACUACCGGAAAUACUUCUAUGGCAAAGAACAUCAGAACUUCUUCGGGUUGGAUGAGGUGCUGGGCCCGGUUGCUGUGAGCCUGCGGCGGGAGGAGAAGGAGAGCAGCGGAGGGGGCACCCUGCAUAGCUACCGAAUCAUCGUGCGGACCACACAGCUCCGGACUCUCCGCGGCACCAUCUCAGAAGAUGUCCUGCCGCCCGGCCCCCCGCGGGGCCUGUCCCCAAGGAAGCUUCUGGAGCAUGUGGCACCGCGGCUGAGCCCAACAUGCUUGCGCCUGGGCUCGGCUUCCCCCAAGGUGCCACGCACGCUGCUCACGCUGGACGAGCAAGUGCUGAGCUUCCAGCGCAAGGUGGGCAUCCUAUACUGCCGGGCAGACCAGGGCUCGGAGGAGGAGAUGUACAACAACCAGGAAGCAGGACCGGCCUUCAUGCAGUUUCUCACCUUGCUGGGCGACGUGGUGCGGCUCAAAGGCUUUGAGAGUUACCGGGCCCAGCUGGACACCAAAACGGAUUCCACGGGCACGCACUCCCUCUACACCACGUACCAGGACCACGAGAUCAUGUUCCACGUGUCCACGAUGCUGCCCUACACCCCUAAUAACCAGCAGCAGCUCCUGCGGAAGCGCCAUAUUGGCAACGAUAUUGUGACCAUCGUGUUCCAGGAGCCUGGCAGUAAGCCCUUCUGCCCUACCACCAUUCGCUCACACUUCCAGCACGUGUUCCUAGUGGUGCGGGCGCAUGCGCCCUGCACCACACAUACCUCAUACAGGGUGGCUGUGAGCCGCACCCAGGACACCCCAGCCUUCGGGCCAGCCUUACCCCCUGGCGGAGGCCCCUUCGCAGCCAAUGCUGACUUCCGGGCCUUCCUAUUGGCCAAGGCACUCAAUGGCGAGCAGGCAGCGGGCCAUGCACGCCAGUUCCAUGCCAUGGCCACACGCACUCGCCAACAGUACCUGCAGGAUCUGGCUACCAACGAGGUGACCACUACGUCACUAGACUCAGCUUCGCGCUUCGGCCUGCCAUCCCUGGGCGGGAGGCGCCGGGCGCCCCCUCGGGGCCCAGGAGCUGAGCUGCAGGCUGCAGGUGCCCUGGUAUGGGGCGUGCGCGCUGCUCCCGGGGCGCGGGUCGCUGCCGGGGUCGAGGCAGGCGGCCCUGACAGCGCCGAAGUGCCCUGCCUACUGGGCAUUUCGGCGGAAGCUCUUGUGUUGGUGGCGCCGCGGGAUGGCCGCGUAGUCUUCAACUGCUCCUGUCGCGACGUACUGGCCUGGACCUUCUCCGAGCACCAGCUCGACCUGUACCACGGCCGCGGGGAGGCAAUCACUGUGCGGCUCGACGGGCCCCCCGGCCAAGCUGUGGGUGAGGUCGUGGGGCGCCUACAGCUGGUGAGCCGAGGCUGCGAGACCCGAGAGCUGGCGCUGCCCCGCGAUGGCCAAGGCCGCCUAGGCUUUGAGGUGGACGCCGAAGGCUUUGUCACACACGUGGAGCGUUUCACGUUCGCUGAGACCGCUGGGCUGAGGCCUGGAGCUCGCCUACUACGCAUCUGUAGCCGGACGCUGCCCAGCCUCUGCCCGGAGGCUGCUGCCCAGCUGCUGCGCUCUGCACCCAAGGUCUGCGUGACGGUCCUGCCCCCCGACGAAAGCGGUCGACCCCGCAGGAGCUUUUCGGAGCUGUACACGCUGUCUCUGCAGGAGCCCAGCCGGCGGGGGGCCCCAGAGCCAGUGCAGGAUGAGACCCUAGGGGUGGCUCUGCUGCCCACCACAAAGCAGCUCCUGCACCUGUGCCUGCAAGAUGGCGGUAGCCCUCCAGGGCCCGGGGAUCUGGCCGAGGAGAGGACUGAGUUCCUGCACAGCCAGAAUCCACCAUCACCCCACAGCUCUCUGUCAGAUGAGGCCCCAGUCCUACCCGACACCACCCCAGACCUCCUCCUGGCCACCACAGCCAAGCCAGCAACACCUGGUGCUGACAGGGAGAUGCCCCCCACCCAGGAUGGAUCAAGCAACCCCAGCAGCCGUGAGGACAAAGGUGACCUGGCCCCAGAGCUGAGGGCCUCCUUCCUACCAAGGACCUUGUCUCUGCGGAACUCCAUCAGCAAGAUCAUGUCGGAGGCAGGCAGCGAGACCCUGGAAGACGAGUGGCAGUCCAUCUCAGAGAUCGCCUCCACGUGCAACACCAUUCUGGAGUCACUGUCCCGGGAGGGACAGCCUAUCCCAGAGAGCGGAGACCCCAAGGGAACUCCAAAGUCUGAUGCUGAGCCAGAACCUGGGAGCCUCUCAGAGAAGGUCUCUCACUUGGAAUCCAUGCUCAGGAAGCUGCAGGAAGACCUGCAGAAGGAGAAGGCAGACCGGGCAGCUCUGGAGGAGGAGGUGCGGAGCCUGAGGCACAACAACCGGAGGCUGCAGGCUGAAUCGGAGAGUGCAGCCACCCGCCUGCUCCUGGCCUCCAAGCAGCUGGGCUCACCCACUGCUGACCUGGCCUGAGGCCAUCAGGCCCAGCUGCAGCUCAGCCUUGGACCUGCCUGGAACUGCCUGGGCCCUUCUGGGCCCUCGGCCCUCCUCAGGAACUCCUCCCCGCAAGGAGGCACAUCUUAGCACUGCCCCCCACUCCCCAGCCCAUUAUUUGGUGGUGAAGUUGCCCCCGCCUGGUCCCUGUUUGUAAAUAUACUGUGGAGAAAAGGGGCCUUCCAGGAGUAAAGAAGCCACCGUUAUUUGUGUC